GGAGCGUACGCGGUUAGUAUCUGACCGGUCGCGAGAACGUACACAACGCAGGCGGCGACGCGUUCGCUCGCGCGCCCACCCCCUCUUUCAGUGUUUAGAGUGUGUGUCCUUCGCGAGGUCGUUCUUUUGUUAGCUAGUCGGUGCUCCGAGCACGCAUCCCAGCGGGGAUCGCGUGCCCACGGUGUCCGUGUACUACGACGGCCGCUUAACCGUAAGUGUAACGAAACUUUCUGUAUCGUCCUUAGCACGCGUGGUCCGCGCGCGACAUGACCCGUGCGAAGGUCGCGAGAUCGGGAGUGCGUAACCGGUGUGGCCAUCCGCGAUUUCGAUGAUCCAUUCGUUCGUUUCGGUUCACGUGAAUAGAGAGACGAAGUGCGCACAGGGGACGAAUAUUGAAGUAGAAUCGGAUUGGUAACGUUGAUCGCAGCUGGCUAAGAUCAACGAUUCCCGGGCCGUCACCAGCCCGGAGACGAACGUCGUCAACACCAUGUGGUGGCUGAGGACGCGGUUUAUCUACACCUAUUCCCUAUGGUUCGUCUUCAAGGCCGCAGCGGUCAGCGGUGUUUUCGAUUCCAUGAUGAGAGAGAUGGUCGUCGAGGCCGGGAAGAACGUGACGCUGAAUUGUCCAGGUGUGACGGAGAACUUUCUGAUACUAACGCUGGAAUGGCGGGUGGACGGGCUGCAGCUACUCGAGUACAGCAGCAACACGACGAUCACUCGGGAAGAUCAGAAUAGGGUGUCGUUGUUGAAGAACUACGCGUUGCACUUUCACCCGGUCACCGCGCAGGACAGCGGCGAGUACACAUGCCUGGUGAACAAUCGCAACAUGCCGGAGGCUGUCAUCAAUCUGGUAGUUCACGACGUUCCCGAUCCACCGGACAGGCCACUCAUAUUGAGCUUCACGUCGAGGUCGAUGCACCUGUCCUGGGCGGCCAGCCGUAAUUCUCAUAACAAUCCUGUCCUGCACUACGUCAUCGAAACCCAGAUCGGCGAAAGGGGACCAUGGAACGCGACGGAAGAAAUCGUGACGCCAAACAACGAUACCACCUACACCGUCGAGAAUUUGCAACCGUUCUCCGUUUAUCGCUUCCGCGUUUCCGCGGUGAACGCGAUGGGACGGAGCAAACCCAGCCUGGGGACGUUUCCUGCCGUCACUCUCAGAGAACUACCCACCGGUACGCCUACAAUUACCAGCGCUCACAACAUAUCUGCUACGUCUAUCUACUUGGCGUGGAAGCCACCCAGUCCUGACACCCUCCGUGGCGAGUUCUUGGGCUAUCGAAUUGGAUACAAACCACGUGAGAAACCAAGCAUGGAGGAGAAGGAGAUUUACAUAAGGAAUCCAGCCAUCGACAAUCACACGAUAAGAAAUCUGCAGACGUACACGCAGUAUUUAGUGUCGUUGCAAGUGUUCAAUCCGGAAGGACGUGGUCCAACGACGACUAUCUCUGUAAUGACAGACGAAGGAGUCCCUACGAAACCAUUGAACUUAACGUCUCAUGGCAUCACAUCGACCACCAUCGAAUUGUCAUGGGCCGAGCCGGAGAACAGCAAUGGGAUCCUUUCCGGUUAUCGCAUAUACUAUAUGCAUUCGAACUACACGAACGUCCAAAUGUACAGGAUCGGGGAGUACAAUGGGCCGGCGAUCGAAUUCCUUUUAAAAGAGCUAGACCCGUAUACCGAGUACAAGAUAUGGGUGAAGGCGUACACGUUGAAGAACGAGGGCGAGCCCUCGGAGCACAUCGUUCGCCGCACGGAUAUUUCAGGACCGGACGCGCCGAUCAUCUUGAACGUCACUUGCCCGACCCAAGACUCCAUCUACAUCCAGUGGGCCAGGCCGAGCCUCUUCUGGGGCUCGAUCGACUACUACUUCAUCAAUUACAGGAUCGAGAACGAGGACCGUUACGAGGAGAUCGAAAUGACGACCGAAAAGAAUCUCCUCGAAAGCGCGAUGAUCAUACCGAAUCUGACGAUGAACAGCGUGUAUGAAAUUGUGAUUCGCGGUGGAACAAGGAGCACUAUCGAUAAUCGAGUGAUCGUACGAGGGGAGGGCUCUGAUCCACAAAAGGUGCGCGGUAUCCGCGAUUGCAACAGAGCACCGCCGCUGCUGUCGCACAGCCCCAGGGGAUUCAGCAAUGGAGUGAUCGCUGGGAUGAUCUGCGCCUGCUUGGCUGUAAUGCUCAUGAUCACGUCCUUCGUCUUAUGGAAGCCUUGCCUGAGGCCAAUUUUCAGGAAAUGCUUCCAUACGGCUUACUAUUUCCUGGACUAUCCUCCCCGGAACGUGCCGACGCUCCAGGAAUGGGAGAACACCGAGCAGGACGGCGAACGGACCGCGGUUGCUGUCUCGAAAUUCGUACAGCAUGUCGCGAGCCUGCACGCCGACGGCGACAUUGGUUUCAGCAAGGAGUACGAGUGCAUACAGUCCGAAACAGGAAAAUUCACCGCGGAGAAUUCUCAAUGCGUUGAGAACAAGACGAAGAACCGAUAUUUGAACAUUCUGGCCUAUGAUCACACUCGAGUGCAAUUGCUAUCGUGCGGUGGAGGACCGCCUAAGAAGGGUCACGAUUACGUGAACGCGAAUUAUAUUGACGGUUGGCAGCGUACCCGUGCGUACAUUGGCACCCAGGGUCCGUUGCCACCGACGUUCGAUGGAUUUUGGCGCAUGGUGUGGGAGCAAAAAGUAUCAAUCAUCGUAAUGAUCACCAAUCUCGUGGAACGUGGCCGCAAAAAAUGUGAUAUGUACUGGCCUAAGAAGGGUUCUGAAACGUACGGAUAUAUUCAAGUGACUCUGCUAAGGGAAGACGUAAUGGCAACUUACACCAUUCGCACCCUACAGAUUCGUCAUCUAAAGGUGAAGAAAAAAAAGAACGGAGUUAAUAUGGGUGAAAGAAUCAUAUGGCAAUAUCAUUAUACCGGCUGGCCUGAUCAUGGAGUGCCGGAACAUCCCUUACCGGUUCUCAGCUUCAUCCGGAAAUCUUCCAAUGCCAAUCCUCCGGAUGCGGGACCCAUUGUCGUCCAUUGCAGCGCUGGGGUCGGACGCACGGGAACUUACAUCGUGAUCGACGCCAUGCUGAAGCAGGCCAAGUGCAAGAACGAGGUGAACGUGUUCGGAUUCCUGAAACACAUCCGCACGCAACGAAAUUUCUUGGUCCAGACAGAAGAGCAGUACGUGUUCAUUCACCACGCUUUGCAAGAGGCGAUCGAAAGCGGCGAGACGAACAUCGACGCCAACCAUCUGUUGGACUACGUUCAGCACAUGCUAAGUCCCAAUAACGCCAACACCGAUGGAUGGAACAAUCUUGAAGCUCAAUAUAAACUGGUGACUUCAUGGAAACCGAAGGAGUUCAACCUCGUAUCGGCGAUCAAGCCGUGUAAUCUUCACAAGAAUCGUAAUCAGGAAGUGAUAUCAAUUGAGACUGCUCGCGUUCAUUUAACGCCCAAACCUGGAAUCGAUGGCAGCGACUAUAUCAACGCUACGUGGAUUGCAGGCUUCCAUCGUAAUCGCGAAUUCAUCAUCACCCAACAUCCCAUGGAGAAUACCAUCAUGGAAUUCUGGCAGAUGAUGUGGAACUACAACGCGCAGACUGUAGUCAUGCUAACCGAAUGCGACGAAGAAUAUCCCGAGUUCUGGCCUACCGAAGGGAAAGAUUUAGAAUCAGAGACGUUCCGCGUGCGAUCAUGCGGGAUCAAGGAAACCGCGAAUGGUAUCAUUUUGCGAGAAGUCGCGGUGCGAUCGUUGCAAGACGAUUACGAGCUGAGUGCUAAGAUCGUGCAAGGUCCGCGGUCCCAGCCCGGCUUCUGGCCGCACAAUACCAACCCUCGACCACUCGUUACACUCAUCCACGAUUUGCAUCGUGAUUAUCAAAACGGUCCUAUCGUCGUGAUGGACAGAUACGGCGGCGUGGAGGCUGCUAUCUUCAUUUUGCUCACGACGUUGAGCAAGCAGCUGGAGUUCGAAAAAUGUGCUGAUAUUUAUAUGUACGCGAAACUGUUGUACAUGAAGCGACCAGGAGUCUUCCGGUCAAAGGAAGACUACGCGUUGUUGUAUCAGUGCUUGGAGGUGAUGCUAUCAACGAAAAGCCACGACGAGCCAGAUUUGUAUUCAAUGGCGAACGGCCACGUGGCUGCGAUCACGGAUCAAGCAGAGGUACCCACUUCAUCGAUGCAACACAUGCAGAUGGAUUACUCUCCGAAAUCAACGAUGAUAAGAGAGUACGCGACCGUCGAGGUGAAUUCAAUGUCCGAUUACACGAUGCCCAUUCACGUGGACCAUCCGAUGGAGCCUUGCAGCAGCAGGAGCAGCGACAGUUGCAUGUUCACCCACACGGGUAACGAGCACGAGAAGAACAUUGUGAUGACUCAUAGAAACGUAAGCUACCACAACCACCCAGGAAGCGUGUCGGUGAUCGUCGACGCGAACGGUUACGUAACGAACGGCAGCAUGCGUAUGCGACCAGAGGGUAUGGAGUCGAGCUGCAAGAUGUUGCCUCAAUGAUGCCUGCCGAUCUUCGGUUGCAGUGUACCCUCGAACCGGUCCGAGCCGCUGUAACCGAUCGAGCUCCUCACUGCCCGAAGCCUAAUCCUGAUUUUGCCGCAGCGUAAGGAGUUUCAAAUUGGACACGUCUUCGCACAAACGGAAGCCGACUCGAUCCCAGGAUCAGCUUAAAGAAGAUACGUUUGCAUAUUGUAAAUAAUUGUUAGUUUAUACGUACGCGUACGUUCUUAAGAAUGAGAGAGUAUACAUUGGAAGAAAUGAGGGUCCCGUUUCCGGUGUUGCUGGGUGCCAAAAACCACACUUGCUGACGCACAUCACCCCGCGGACCUUCGUUCACCGUUACUCAUAGCGUAAAUGUACAUCCCCCGUUUUGUAUAUAUUCACACACGUGCACACUUAAUCUCGAUGAAACACACUUCACCCGCGUACACAUUUAAAUGUAACACAAUGAUUUAUGUAAGUUGGAUCUUUCGAUCAUUUUACCAAAGAAUCGUUUUAUAUCGGCGUGUCGUUUUAAGUUCCCACGGUUUCUCGAAUUCGCGCUGUCGUAUGAAAGAUUGGCGAAUGCCUUCUCGUAUCUCUGCCUCUUAUCUUCUCCGAGCGUGCGACGUCACUAUAAGAAUUGAGACAGGAGAACGGGACUGAAAUAAAAUUUAGGAGAGUGCGUCCUAUCUCAAAUUUUAAUUAAAUAUCGUGAUCAGUGUCUAACGUGUAAGACUUUAAUCAAACGAAUCGCGUUGGACUCGAAUUCCGGCGUGGCCGGUCGCGCGUAAUAGAGGACAAGCCGCAGCGACGACAAUCCGAAGCGUUCGAUAAUACAUUUCCAAUCGUAGAACGACUUGUUCAACAUACGCGAUCGAUCAAAAGAAACGAUGUGAUCCAACGAGACUUUGUGAUAUUCAAAACAAAAUUCAUUCGACAAGAUUAUACAAUUUCUCCUAGCUGAGUUCAUUUUCAUUUUUCUAACGAAUCGGAAGACUGUUCUCUCGUCUAGGACUCUUAUACAAUCCGUAUGUAAAGAUCUAGAUCGGUAUAAUUUAUGUGAGGUGACACGAAGACAGCGAGAUACUCGACUGUGAACCGCGACACCUUCGAACCAUCUUCUACAACCCUUUUUCUAACGAUUUUAUAUACGUUGCGAUUGAACGGACGAUCGAUCGUUCCGGUUUCUACCUUUUACUGCCAAUUAACGACGACAUGAACGUUUAACUUAAAAAAAAUAUUGUAAAAAAAAAACGUAAAAAAAAAUAUGUGUGUGCAUGUACGUAAUCGUGUUCAUGUUUAAUAAGAUGUAUGUAAUCCGUGACUGAACUCGUUAUCGGUUUUCAACUCGAUGUGGAUGUAGCCUAAUUAACCACGCUUCUUCCUUCGGGUCGAUCAAGCGACAAACUGCCAAUUUUACUAGAUCCUUAUCACCGUUUUAAGAAGUUCGACGUUGAUACCCCGAAGGAGGACUCUAAAACGAUAAGAUUUAGGUGUAGUUCGAGAGAUAGGAGGCGAAUACUCUGGCGAAGUUGUCACGUUUCAACAAAGGAAUCGAACCCCGAUACUUCUCGCUAACUUUUCAUCGUAGAAAGCAAUGAAGGAUAUACAAGAGUCAAGAAAUAAGAGAAAGGGUGCGAGAGAGGCGCAGAUUAGAAUAAGAUUCAUCCGACAGUGGCGUUCUUGGAUUCUUGCCCCUUCCCACUUUCAUUAGUGUAACUCGAUCACGCGUUCACGUUUUCCAUCGCAAUGGACAAUAUAGCAGAGCGAGCGGUAAUCGUUUGGAGCCUUACGAUGGAAGGCGUAUCAGAGAAACCGAGCCGACGUCCAAUCGAGUGAUCAGCGUCGUAGCAAACCAAAUAUUCCCCGGAUUUUCCACUUUUCGAUAAAAAAUCAAACGCGAAGGGGAAGAAUGGAUCUCGGAGUAGACGCGAACAGCUCGAGUUGGACAGAGACGAUGUCUUCCUGUCGGGGAAUAGGAAGGGAAGACAUUGCGAAAGUAGAUAAUUCCUCUGGACCGAUCGAUCCAGCGAAUCCCUCCUUACCACGCAACAAUAUUGUCUGUUUGUACUAUACGCGAGUAUUUAAAUGUAAUACCCGGUUACGCUGUAAUUAAUAUCAAUUAAAACCGUUGUUGACCCGUGCAAA